AUGGGGAGGGGAAGGGUCGAGCUGAAGCGCAUCGAGAACAAGAUCAACCGGCAGGUCACCUUCUCCAAGCGCCGCAACGGCCUGCUCAAGAAGGCCUACGAGCUCUCCGUGCUCUGCGACGCCGAGGUGGCGCUUAUCAUCUUCUCCAGCCGCGGCAAGCUCUACGAGUUCGGCAGCGCCGGCACAACAAAAACAUUGGAAAGAUACCAACACUGCUGCUAUAAUGCUCAAGAUUCCAAUGGCGCACUAUCUGAAACUCAGAGCUGGUACCAGGAAAUGUCAAAGCUAAAGGCAAAAUUCGAAGCUUUGCAGCGAACUCAGAGACACUUGCUUGGGGAGGACCUAGGACCGCUCAGCGUGAAAGAACUGCAGCAGCUGGAGAAACAGCUAGAAUGUUCUCUGUCACUGGCCAGACAGCGAAAGACACAACUUAUGAUGGAGCAGGUGGAGGAACUUCGGAGGAAGGAGCGUCAGCUGGGAGACAUCAACAGGCAACUCAAGCACAAGCUCGACGCUGAAGGCAGCAACAGCAACAACUACAGGGCCAUGCAGCAGAUCACCUGGGCUGCCGGCACCGUCGUGGAUGAAGGCGCCGCCGCAUAUCACAUGCAGCAGCAGCAGCAGCAGCACCCUAAUCAUUCCGCUGCUAUGGACUGUGAACCCACUCUGCAAAUUGGGUACCUACGAUCGAGCACCUUGCAUCCACCUGUUCCAUCUCCCAUGCAUGCAACUGAACUGAUUAUCUAUGCCGCAGGUACCCUCAUCAGUUCGCGGCUCCUGAUCAGGCAGCCAAUAAUAUUCCACGGAGCAGCGCCCCCGGAGGGGAGAACAACUUCAUGCUGGGGUGGGUUCUCUGAGCUACCGAGCUGCUAG